UAUUGAUGUAAUUAACAAUAUGUAGCAAAAUAUUCUUUUAUUGAAAAUAUCAAGAACAUAGUGUAAUUAGUAUACAAGUUAUGUAAUACGGCAAUUUGGUGCGUUAUGGAAUGAGUUUAUUAGAGCUACAAAAAAAUGUUACUGAAUGUUUUUGUAGAAUUGUGCGGUAAACUAGAAAAUUACCUUUUAAAAAUAUACUGAAUAAUAUUAUACAGCUGAUGAACAAUUAAAAAGCGCAAACAAAAACAAGGGACGUGCUGCAAAUAUUUGAUUUCCACCCCAUCAGCACAGCACCAGUCAACGAAGAUUUUCGACAUAAUACGACCACUGUCUUGCUGCUUUCAACACCGCUGCCUCAGUCAUACUUUCCUCGGUCACCAGCAGCGGCUGGCAUUUUCCAUUUUCAUUCUGUUAUAGCGUGUUGAGUUGUGAAAAAAAUAUUGUAUUUAGGUCGAAAAGAGCAUCAACUCGUUAAAUUAUUAAUUGGAUUGGUAACGGAUAUCCCUGCUUUCCUCACGUAUAACCACAUAUCUGUGAUACAUCUUACUAACAAUUAAGAGUUGUAGUAAAUGGAAUAUAAUUAAAACCUAUUUGGGAAAUGCUAAUUAUAUAACUGCAAUCUAUAAAGUAAAGGAAACAAGUCCUGCCUCUAAAAAGGUCUCGAUACUUCGAUACUUGCGUAUAUAUACCGACUGCCCCCGAGGAUAUUAACUAAUUCGGCGUGCCUGUCAAUUGUUGGGAUUACGUUUGCUGCUUCAGCUAUAUCGACUUACAAAUAUAUGUAAAUGCUACAAGUGUUGUAGUUUCUGAAAAUAUUUUUAAGUCAUGGCGCGACCUGUGAAUGAAACGCAUUUAGUUCCCAUUGUGGUUGGUAUUGCUGCUGUAGUGGCUGGCGCGGCCAUCAUUCAUUACCUUCUCAAUAAGAAGUCAAAGAAAUCACGACCAGAACCCAAUCGCACUGCGCGUCUACGCACAUUGGUUGAUCCGAAUGACAAGUAUCAGUUGCCACUAAUUGAAAAAGAAAUAUUAAGCCACGACACACGACGUUUUCGCUUUGGCUUGCCAUCGAACCAGCAUGUCCUUGGUUUGCCCGUAGGCCAACAUAUUCAUUUGAUCGCCACUAUCGAUAACGAAUUAGUCAUUCGUCCAUAUACCCCAAUAUCCAGUGAUGAUGAAGUCGGUUACGUCGAUUUGGUAAUUAAAGUAUAUUUUAAGAAUGCACACCCUAAAUUCCCAUCUGGCGGCAAAAUGACACAGUAUUUAGAGCAAAUGAAUAUCGGUGACAAAAUUUCAUUCCGCGGACCAUCUGGUCGGUUACAAUACCAGGGACAGGGCCGAUUCCAGAUCAAGAAGCUUCGCAAAGAUCCACCAAAGACAGUUGUGGCGAAGCGUGUGAAUAUGAUAUCUGGUGGUACUGGUAUCACGCCAAUGUUGCAGCUUAUACGGGAUGUUCUAAAGCAUAAUGACAAAGAUAAAACAGAGCUGGCUUUAUUAUCUGCAAAUCAGUCUGAAGCCGAUAUUUUGUUGCGCAACGAACUGGAUGAUUUAGCCAAGAAAUAUCCAGAUCAACUGAAAGUGUGGUAUACAGUUGACAAAGCUUCUGAAGGUUGGCCCUAUGGAGUGGGAUUUAUAAACGAGGACAUGAUCAGGGAGCAUCUCUUCCCUGCCUCUGCAGAUACUUUGGUGUUAAUGUGCGGCCCGCCACCCAUGAUAAAUUUCGCAUGCAAUCCAGCUUUGGAUAAAUUGGAAUACCAUCCAGAUACAAGAUUCGCAUAUUAAAUUUUGGUUGCAUUUAAAAAUAUGGAAAGGAAGGUGAACAACAAAUGAAUGCCGCUAGCGUAAUAAUUCGAAUUUUAUUUAAGAUUGUUACAAAAUUAAAAUUGUUUUAGAUAAUUUCUUUAGGUAUAAUUAAUUGCAGGCAUUUGAAUUGUAUUAAACCUUGUAAAAUAGUGCUGCAAGGUACAGCAAUUAUUUAAACAAAAUAAAACUAUAAUUAUUUACAAAAUACUGGGAAUUUUAAAAGAGCAACAGACAACUGAAAAACGUAAAAUUUCUAUAAAAAAUGUAAUGUUAUUUUUAAAAUAAAAAUAAAGCCAAACAAAAAAGCAAUA